GCUAAUUUAAUUCAGUUCAGCUAUAAAGAGCAGACGAAAAGAAUGUUAGCUUUUGCCAUGAUCUUCCUAACCUAGAUUAAAACAGUUUAAAACUUUUGAGCUUAAUUAUUAUCAAGAGUUUUAUUCGGCAGUAUCAAAUAUUAUCUAUCUAUAAUUUUCUUGUUCUUGAAGUGGAUAUUUACAUCAAUAUAAUCAUACAAAUUACAGCGUUUACAGGAAGAAUUUGAAAAUAAGGUGCUCAAAGAAAAUAAAUAUUUAUUUAUCUAUUGAAAUUUUUUGGAUAAGCUUUUUGGAAACAACCGGAAGAAAAUUGUUUCAAAAUGUUUGGUUUGAUUUUGACACAUCCUAUCAUAUUUAAAGUUUCAUUAACUGAAGCACAACCUAUUUGUGGGAUAAUGCAAAAAUAUUUUAAAUAUGAUAAAAAUAUAUUUUCAUCAGCAUGGAGUGUUAGGACAUUUUUAACAAGAAGUAUAAGGCUCUCUGAUGGAUUAGUGCAGCCAGCAAGUCUUCUUAAAUCUAGCAAAUUGCCAAAAAAUUUGUUAGUACGACAUCAACAAAUAUCAAAAUUUGAUGUGAAUACAAAUGUACUGAACAAUGUAAUUUUAUACAAAAACGAAAAUGAUGGAUAUUUCCGAAUUUUUCAACUUUUUGCAAUUGGGCAAUUAUUUGGUUGGGCGGUAUUGGCUUUCUAUACUUAUACACCAGGUUUCUUUGAUAUAUUUGCAGCUGAUAUGGAAUUUAUGAAGGAACAUGUAAUUCAACUAUCUCUGUUUACUUGCUCCAUUUUUGUAGGUCCUAUCACAUUUGCUUUUAUGUAUGCUACAUGUGCUCGUAACAUCAAGUAUGUUAUUUUAAAUAAAGGUGGUAAAACAAUUUCACUUUUUACUUAUCACAUAUGGAAAAGAAAAUCUCAGAUAUUAAAUUUACCAGUAGGAAUGGCAAGAUGUACUUCACAUAGAACAGGUCGUGGAGUAUGUAUACCAGUUAAAAUAAAAAACAGAUCUUUUUAUUAUAUGAUUGAUAAAAACGGCACAUUUGUGAAUCCGAAUCUUUUUGAUUACACAAUGGGAUAAUUACUUAAUCUUAGAAAUUAGAAUAUUUUAACAAAUACGUUUUUAUUACAUUAUAUUAGAAUUAUUAUAUUAAAUAAUAGUUAUAUUCUCUUGUAUUUAUAUAUAUAUAUAUAUGUAUAUAAAUAUACUUGAU